AUUAGGAAAAAGGAAAUAUUUUCACAGUUUCACCUAUAAAAACUUAUUAUAACCAGUGCAAAUGGAAAAAAAAAACCUCCAAAAGUGUAUUUGGGUGUUUGUCCUGUUUUUGGAAACACCUCAUAUGCCUGGUAUUUUCAUUUAUUUUGACACUUACAAGGUUAAAUAUGAAUGACGCGCAUCGCUGUUUCUAAACAAGAUUUUUUUUAAAAUGUGGUAUCCUGGGAGUUGCGCCCCAAUAGAAAAAGAAAAACCGCUCAACAAAAAGAUAAUUGUACAUUACAAUACAACUAUGGAACAGAGAGAGAACAUCGAUGAAAUUUCUAAUAUCAUUCAAGAGAUGGAGGAAUGGAUGCAUAAAGCUUUUCAAAUGGCAGAGAAUGCCUUGGCUAACGGAGAGGUUCCAGUUGGUUGCCUCAUGGUUUAUGACAAUAAGAUUGUGGGGCAAGGACGGAAUGAGGUGAAUGAAACUAAGAAUGCUACACGGCAUGCAGAAAUGGUGGCAAUUGAUCAGGUAAUGGAAUGGUGCCAAAAGAAUGCCAAGAAUUUUGCAGAGGUGUUUCAAGAGACUGUUCUCUAUGUCACUGUGGAACCAUGCAUCAUGUGCGCUGGAGCAUUGCGCUUAUCAUGAAUUCCCCUGGUGAUGUAUGGAUGUCGGAAUGAAAGGUUUGGAGGGUGUGGUUCAGUUCUAAGUGUAUCUGGAGAUGAUAUUCCUAAUACUGGAGCACCGCUUAAGUGCAUAGCUGGAUGCCAAGCUGGAAGAGCCGUUGAAAUGCUUAAAGCUUUUUACAAGCAAGAAAACCCAAAUGCUCCAAGAUCAAAAAUGCGAAAAAAGGAUUGAAACAGAUGACCGAAAUGAUAUACAUUACUUACAUUGCCAUACUAACAUAUAAAUCUACACCGGUAACAUAUUGAAAUUGAACAUUUAUCUCGUAUAGCCAAAUGCUCCCUUGGCUACUUCUGCACUGGAACUAACAUUACUUCCUAGGAGCACCAGAAACUAUGUGAAGAGGAAUAAUGCUUUGUAUAAAAUUUGCAUAGCCUUUGGAGUGAAUACCUCCCUUAUUGCUCAUUUACUUAACCAUCUUGUGGAGUAUUUGCCAUUUCAUACUGUAUGAACAUGGUCAUUAAAGGAAAACUGCAACAAAAUUAUAUAAAUAUAGGCCAAAUGCUAAAAAGGAAACAAUUUAUAAUCUGAUUGACACAACUAUGUUUUAACAAGAAUAUUACAAUUCUGAAGAAUAUUUUUCGUUUUAAAUUGACAUUAAAAAUGAUAUGAAAUUAA